GUAGAUCCCCUAAAUUUGUGGCUGGGCCAUUUUGUGUCUCGCUCACGAUUUUAGAGCCUUGACAUUUUCCGGCGCGUCUCUUAAACGCUGCGCUUAAACGUAAACUGUCAAAAACUGCCUGAUUUGUAUUCUUCUCCUUAUUUGAAACCUGACACCGCUGAUGUUUCAGCGCCCAUGUCCUCCCGUAGGUUGUGCGCUGCGGAGUGAUAUUCCAUUGGAACCGACAAUGUGGAGGCUGUGAAAAUGUCUACUUGGGAAAAGAAAUGAUUGCAGUUUCUCCAAGUGAAAGGAAACAAGAGUACCGCAAGAGUUAUGGUCCGCGUUAAAGACGGGAGGUCGGCUUCGUAACGAAGACAUACAACGAGGCGAGACAACAGAGGAGCGUUUUAUAUUGUCUUUCCUGCGCUUCAUCAAGCCCACAGACUGGGACCACAGGAGAAGGAUUCUAUCCCUAACUUUGUUUUUCCUCUCUUAUAUAUUGUCAUAUCACUUCCCGCUGCUGGAUGCUACACUGCUGACUCCAGUCUGUUGCUGAGACUGUAAAGGCCCAGUGAACAGCAUCAGAGAAUGGCUGCAGUGGAAAACGACAAGGAGCUGAGCGACUUGCUGGAUUUUAGUGCGAUGUUUGAACCUCCAGUUUCGAAUGGAAAGAAUGGGCCGACGACUCUCGCCAGCAGCCAGUUUGGAGGUCCUGGUGUAGAUGAGAGGAGAGGGCCCAGUCCGUGGGGACCAGGGGACCAGACUAGUCCAUCUUUCAACCAGGGAAGGGUUUUCGAAGAGGGCCUUUACAGUGAGAGAGAAAGUCUGGCCUCUACCCCGGUAUUUGGACCAGGCAUUGCUGGAAAAGCUGAACGAGGGUCAUACUCAUCAUUUGGGACGCAGCCUGGUUUUAUGCCAAGUGAGAUACCCCUGCCCAGUCCUGAUAGCCUCUCUCCGCCUUCUGCCAAGUCCAAUUCCCAGUUUUAUUCAUCCUACGAGAGGAAGAGACCAGCACAGGACCUCUCUGCAAAUCCGCAGUCGAAAAAGAUCCGUAAGGUUCCUCCUGGCCUGCCGUCCUCAGUUUACCCCACAGCCACAGGAGAGGAUUUUAAUCGGGACACCGCUUGCUUCCCAGCCUCCAAAGCAGGAAAUGUCUACCAAUCACCGUUCUACAUGCAAGAUGCCCACCCGCCCUCUGAUCCUUGGGGCUCUGCCGGGUCGAUGAUUCAGCCUGGAUAUUCUGCCGUGUUGGGGAACUCCCCCCAUCUGGGCCAGCACAGUCCAUUCACUGCCAUCAACCCUCAAGACAGAAUGAAGCGGCAUCCCCUUCCCCUCUCACCCCAAAACUACCCCUUGCAUGGCAGUGAAGUGAACGGAGCUCAUCCCACCAGCUUCCACGCCGGCUCCAGCAGCUUCGGAGUCCCCAGCCACACACCCCCUAUCGCUGGCACUGAAACGAUUAUGGCCAAUCGGGGUGCUGUACCAGGAAGUUCGGGUGAUGAGAUUGGAAAAGCCCUGGCAUCAAUUUAUCCUUCAGACCCCAACAGUAACGCUUUCCCUCCAUCGCCGUCUACUCCCUCCGGUUCACCACAGGCUGUAUCAGGUUCUGCAUCACAGUGGACUCGAUCCUCAGGCCAGGGCACCCCUUCACCUAACUUUGAGGGAGGAAUUCAGUCCAUGCAGAGUAAACUGGAGGACCGUCUGGACGAAGCCAUCAAUGUCCUUCAGCGGCACGCCAGCGGACAGGGAGGGCCGGGACUUGCAGAAAUGCACAGCCUGUUGUCGGCUGGCUUAGGGAUCGCACCGGGCUUCAACAGUGCAGCUCUCGGAUUGGCCAGUCGUCUGCAAGGACUGGUUUCCAGCCACCUUGAGGAUUCAGUUAGUCUGCCCUCUAGUGGAGGAGCUUUGCAUCACGGCCCUGCAUCUGUUCAUUCAGGCUCUCAGCCGGACGGUUUUACAUGCCUGCCUGGAAGCGGGAAUCGUUCCGGUGGCACAGCUAUCAAGCGAGAAGCGAAAGAGGACGACGAGAAUUGCUCAAUUACAGACAAGUCAGAGGACGACAGAAAAGAUCUGAAGGCUCGUCUUCGAACAAGUAGUCUGGAUGAUGAGGAUGACGAUGAAGAUCUGCCGGUGGAGAUAAAGGCCGAGCGGGAGAAAGCACGGAGCCUCGUCUCUUUGACCGACGAGAACCUGACUGCGGAGGAGAAGGAGCAGAGGGAGCGCGAUCGCCGCCUAGCUAACAAUGCCAGGGAGAGAGUGCGAGUUCGCGACAUAAACGGAGCCUUCAGAGAGCUGGGCAGGAUGUGUCAGGUCCACCUGCAGAGCGACAAGGCCCAGACCAAGCUCGUCAUCCUGCAGCAGGCUGUCCAGGUCAUCCUGAGCCUGGAGAAGCAGGUGCGAGAGCGUAAUUUAAACCCAAAAGCCGCCUGCCUCAAGAGGAGAGAGGAGGAGAAAGUUUCAGGGCUGGAGCACCAGCUGCAGCUGGGCGGGGGCCACCCUUCUCUAGGAGGGGACGGGCAUAACCCCGUGAGCCAUAUGUAAUACUCAGUUCCUGUUGAUUGUCCAGCCCUACGAACGAACACGUGGCCUUAUCGAUCAUUGUCGUCCAUCUCAGUGUGUGAUAAUCAUGCAAACACCUAUUGCUGUCAAAAUAGGUGGCCACAUUCCUGACGAUGGGAACAAUUACAAGAAGCACACGGGAUACAGUAAAAGAAUACCACUUUAUUGACUUUUACGUGACAGUACUUGGAACUGAACACACUGCUUUUGGAGACAGUGGAUAAUGGACAAAAAAAUGCUCUUAUGAUAAUGUUUGGGGGGGUUUCAGGACAUUGUCAAAAAUUGCUUUACACGUCGGGAGGAAAACCUGUUUGGAUCAAAAAACACUUUUGGAUCAAUUGCUCUGAGCGAAGUUGAGCUUUUUCUCGUUGAGUAGUUAUUGGCAUUCCCGUCAAAAACAGGUCUUACAUUCUUCACAAGUUGAGAGGGGUGAUUUAUACACCUGACGAUUGAACAAAAAUCAGUUUAGUCACACCUUUAUCACACCUCAUGUGUAGUGUUUGGUCAGGAUGGCUGAACUACAGAAAAAUGAAGAUACUCUGCCUUGCAGAACCAUUCAAACCCUGUGAACUGCUUCACAUUUUGUCACUUUGGAACCACAUUGUUCACGGUGUUUUGUUGAGAUUUUACGUGAGACUAAAGAAAAUCUGAUUUUUUUUUCCAAGAAAUAUGCAGAGGUGGAUAGAGUUGACAAAAAUUGUUCUCAAGCACAACUUCAAUAUUUUUUUUACUUAAGUUGAAGUAAAAAGUAGUCAAUCAAAUUUGGUAAUUUGGUAAGAAGACUAGUUAGGUACUGAGUACUUUAAUAAUAAUGCUAAAUCUAAUUUAAGUUGUGAAAUGAUUUAAUAACCAUAAAGAAAAAAAUUAAAACGUGAUGGAUUUAUUUUGAAUAAUAAAGUAAAAAAAAAAAAAAAGAAGAAGAAGAAAAGUCAAUCAUAUUACUACAAAAUAACAAAUUCAGGCAGAAAGAAAUACAGUAUUUCAAAUCUCAGUUUUCCACAAUCUUCCACUUUUCAAACAAAUAGUUUAUAAUAAAGUGACAAAAUGGGGAACAAGUUGAAGGGGACUAAAUACUUUUCCAGGGCAUUGUACCUGAUCUGUCAGAAAAACUGGCUUCUGUUUCAGGCUCUUUUUCUUAACUUUAUUUCAGUGGCUGAGAAGGUUGCCAGAGUCGCUGACUCCGCACUCGGACUUUGGGUUACUUUUGUUUUCUCGGCCCAGAACUGUGGAGCCCAGAGUCUAUAAUCUCUUCAAGUCGUGUACAUCUGUUAGUCACUGCCAUGCAAGUGGAAUGGAAAGACAGGAGAGGGAGGCCCCCCAACAGACGCAAACACACACGGAGGUUGAAGUAGGUUUGGUUUAGACGUCGGACCCAAGCGUCCUUCGCCUCUUUAAAGCCAGCCGCAUCAUCCUGCACACAUCAGAACCUAUAUGAGGUCACGUUUACGACACGAUGAACUCAUUAAAGUCUCAGAGCAGUUUGUGUUGUGAUUAAUAACAUUUUUGCUUGUAGGCAAUUUGCUAAGUAUUGAAAGGGAUCAUGAGUGUUACUGCUAUCUUUAAGACAAUUUCCUCUUUUGCCAUUGACUGACAUGAUUUGGUUGCUCUUGUUUUGAGUGUUGGGUGUUCUCAACACCGCCGCUCCCGCCCCCUUAUUGAACAAUUGUGAGGCCUGUUAUAAGGAUCUUCCUGUUUUAGAGUUCAUACUAUAUCUUUGGUUUUGUAUUUUGUUUUUCACGUUGUAAUAUAGUUGUUUUGUUCGAAAUGCCUUUUCAUUUUUGUUUAUGUUUUUUUUUUAAUGUAAGACGACUAAGUUUACAAAGGGUUAAACCCUUUACAAACAAAGUGAGUUUUUUUUUUCUUUCUUUGGUGCCAGGUGCUUGGAGAUGUUAGCGAAGACAAAUUAUCCUGCCGUGACAUCACAUGUUGUGAUAUUGGUCAAUUUUUUUAAGUAUACAGUUGUUUGAAAUCACCAAACCUUGUUGACGAGGUGUAAUUUGCAAAAGUUUUAAUUUUUUAUUUUGAACAAGAAAUUACUCUUUCUUUUGCACACCUCCUUCUUCUAAUGUUCAGCUUUACAAUGAGCUUGUUGAGUAAUGUGAUGCAGUGGUAGGGGGACUGCAACAAAAUUCAGUUUCAUUAUGAUAAGAAAUCCUCAAAUAGAUAAAAAAGAAAAAAAGGUGGCCGUAGCCAUUUUCCUGACUUCAGGAGCUUGGAUAAUGGUUACUCACCAGUGCCUCAUUGCGUCCCAAUGGAUGAUGUUACUUUCAAGGUUUUAUAACUUGUAUCUUCUUGCAAUAAAAAAAUAAUAUUUUAGUAACAUCUGUCAUGUGAGGUAGUACACUUGACACUGACCUUGGUGUGUAAUGAGAUGUUACCUGACUAGUAACAUAAUCUACAACUUUGAAGCUGAAAAUUGUAUCAAAAUCUUUCUUCUUCCUCAUUCUCAUGUUGCUAAGAUUUUUGCCUUAGAACUGGCAUGUGCAUUGAUGUUUAUGUAUAACUGCAAGAUGUACCCAUGUCAACUUUAUCACUGGAAGCCGACACUGAUAGGGAACAGUAUUUGUCAUAUUGUCACUCAUCCUGCCCUGUGGACGUGCCUCGUUUACUCAAACAUUUCCCAAGGAAAAAAAAAAAGAGACUUUGUAUAAUUUGGAAAACCACUUUUAAAGAUUUUCUUUUGUCAGUGGAUAUUUCUGCAGUAACCUUGUCUCAAAAUGUACAAUUGAUAUGUUUGUUAACAGACCCUGUCUGUCCUCAGUGAACAAUGACCUGCCACAGAUUUCUGUCUUCUCAUAUUUGGGGACAUUAUCUACAUAGGCUAUGUCCUCAAAGUGCCUCCAAUUUCCUAUUUUUUAUAUAUAAAGUAGAUAUUGAGAGCUGUUGUGUAUAUAACAGUGAUGUAGCAAUAAAUGUGCCAUUUUUAAUAACA